UCAUACACAAGAGAAAAUGUACUUUCUGAAUUCAGUGAAUACAGGUUAAAAUUGAUCAAGCUUGGAUUGACACUGACUAUGGAAGAAGUAGAAAAGAUAGGUAAACUAUACAAAACGCAACUACAGCAAUACAAAGACAAGUGGAGUUUAAUUUUGGAUCUCGAAAACAGUACAAUAUUAGAGGACGAUAACAAGACCAUAAAACAAUUUACGGAGAAGUUAAAACGAAAUAAAGUGCAUGGAGCACUAAAGGCUCUAGGAGAAGAUUAUGGUACCGAUUUGAGCCUGCCAAAGAUUCUAUUACCUUGCAAUAGCAAGUUGUACAUAUUGAUUAGCACUCUUGCCUUUGUCUGCAUCGGUGUUUGCAUCGGAUAUUUGUGUAGCUACCUAUCCAGUCCUACAAAAUCCCAUAAAAUGGAUGAAAGUAUACCAGGGCUAUCACAAGAUGCAGUUGUUAGGAAAUAUUUUUUGGAAAAACAGAAAGAUUUGUAUAAGAAUAAAACAUUAAUCACACCACCAAACUGGAACGAAGGUCAUUAUAUUGACAUUGCACAAGUAUUUACUGAUUUGGUAUUACUGAAAUCUGAAAGGGGAGGCGAAGAGGAGCUAUAUGAUAUAGGACGAUAUGAGAAGAAAGGAAAAUCUACAUCAUUAACACAAUUAUUGAAAAUUAUGAAGUCUACGAAUCCGUGUAGAGUACUGAUAACAGGAGAAGCGGGGAUGGGUAAGACUACACUCCUUAGAUAUAUUGCUUACAAUUGGGCUUCCAAUUCAGAUGACACGUUUGCUGGUAAACUACUAUUUAUUAUAUACGUCAAGGACAUUAAAGCAGGUGACGAGGGUGUCCUGGACGCUAUUGUGCGAGAUAUUAGUAUAGGGGAAUUCAGUGCCAAAACAGGUCUCCAAAAUGCCCAACAAACCAUUAAAAAUUUCCUAUGGAAAUAUGAUUUUGAAAUAGUGUUUUUAUUAGAUGGAUUGGACGAGUUACAAUCUGGUGCCAAAGGUCCAGAACGCCUAUUUAAUGGCCAAGAAUUUAAAAGCAGCACAGUGAUCCUAACAUCUCGACCAGAAAAUACAAUUAUAUUUCGUAAAGAAUGUGAUGUACAUGUAAGAGUUAACGGAUUCAGUCCAACCAACAUAAAGCAGUAUAUACAGAAUUACUUUAAUUUUUACAAACAACCAGAGAUGGGAACUUCAUUGAUUUCUGAAUUCAAUCUAGAUUCGGAUUAUAAAGAUAUGUGGGGUAGAAGCAUGUGGGGUAGGGGCCACGAAGAAUCCUUUAACUUGUGCUCAUCGCCUUUGUUAUUGCUGAAUAUAUGUACAAUCUGGCAACGAACAAAAAAUAUUCCUACGGAUUUGACAGAUAUUUUUAGAGAGGUUUUGCUCACCAUUUUAAAUCAGUACAUUGACAAGAAAAAUGAAAAGAAAGUAAUAUAUUUUAACAGUAUCCCAACGGAAUAUUCUAGAGCUAUUUUGGCAUUAGGAAGGACUAUUUAUGAAGGUCUAAAAACAAAUAAUACAGUUUAUGUUGACAAAAAUGCGUUAAAAACAUAUGUGAAAAAGACCGAAUUAGUAGAUUUGGCACUCAAACUGGGAUUUGUUUAUAAACGUGAGCUUGUUCAUCAAAAAGAUUAUAGUGAAAUUUAUGAAACCCCCCACAGGUUACUUUCAGAGGCACUAGCAGGGUUUUACUUGUCAGAUAAAUGUAACCAAGGGAGUCUGGAUGGUAAAGAAUCCGAAUCGAUAAGGUCCAACAAUUAUCUGCAUAAGACCAGAGUUUUUGCUAUUGGAUUCUUAGAUGGCAAUGCUGGCGAAUUAAUGAAACACUGGUUGGUAAAAAACGCCGCAAAUUAUUACUCACUAGCAAAAUAUUUUAAAUAUGUAAAAUCAGAAGAAGCUGUAAUAAAAGCAAUCGAUAAACACAUGCCCACAGAAAUGAAAGUACACGUUGACAGUUUAACUGAAUCAUUCAGAGGUUUUUUUCUAUAUAGUCGUAAUGGCAAGGACGGAAUACCCAAGUAUGAAAAAAAACAUUUAGUACAGCUCAUGAGAACACUUUGUGAUAGAUAUGAACAAAAUCAUCUUACAGUUAUAGAUGACAUUAAAGAUAUUAUAGAUACGUCAAAUGAACAGCAAUCUGAAAACACAUGUAGAGUAGUAGCUCACCUCUCACUCAUUUUACAAAUACUAAAACAUGACUUAUUCCUAAAUGAAAGUUAUGAUGUAUAUAUACCAGAAAGUGUUGAAAAAUGGGGUGAUGCGGCCAUCAACAUUUUCUCAAAGGAAUGGGAGGAACAUCAUUUGAACAAUGAAAUACAUGCAUUUAUUUUUUCUUACGUGGACCUGAGCGGUAUUAGUGGAGCACAUUUGUUCGAAAUAUUGAAAAUGGCUCCUAAAUUAAAGGUUCUUGAAAUGAGUGGUUGUAACCUCUCAGGUGAAUUUUUUAAUACAAUCAUUACUCAGUUAAAAAACACUGAGAGUAAAGUGCUUUUAGAACUAGAGCAAUUUGACAUAAGCUUCAAUAAUUUAGCUGAUAUUAAUGGAACAUUAUUUGGUGACUUGCUAAAAAGACUGAAAAAUUUGAAGGUACUUGAUAUGAGUGAUUGUGAACUAUCUGGUACUGCUGUUAGUAGUAUGCUCAAUGAAUAUAAUUGGAAUGGUGAAAUAUUGCAACGAUUUGUAUUACGAGCAAAUGACCUUUCUAAUAUUGAUGGUCAAUCUCUCGCUAAUUUAUUAAAUACAAUCAAAUCAACAACAUUAAGGUGGAAAGAUUAUAGUUUAUCAGCUGAAAACAUACAGGAUUUAGUAACUUCAAGUAAUGAGGAUAUAAGAUUUAGGUUUGAGAUCGUGGAUUUACGUUACACUAACCUUUCUUCAGUCAGUGGCUCUACAAUAGCUAAUUUUAUUAAUAGGUUUCCUAACCUAACCUAUAUUGAUAUGAGCAAGUGCAGUAUAACUGGCACCUUUGUCCGUGAUAUGUUGAGUAAAUGUUAUGAGGAUUAUAAACACCAAUCGUCUAAAAAGAAAGGAUUAGCACAUGCCAUUGCUCACGAUAAUAUGAAUAAAUUAAAUAGGCAUAUAAAUGAUUUACCAAUAAGAAUAAAGUUUAUCUUAAGAAACAAUGAUCUGUCAGAUAUCGAUGAUGGUAAGUCAUUUGUUAACUUAUUAUACAUAAUGUAUAAUGUACUUUAUGAUCCUUCAAAAUUAAGAUGGAGUGAUUAUAAUCUAUCAGUUGAUCACCUACACUAUCUUGUAAAUUCAAGCGAUGAGAGUGACAUAUUCACAUGGACUGGUGUUGAUUUAAGUGGCACUAACCUAUCUUCAAUCAGUGGUAGCGCAUUAGCUAAAUUCAUUGAAAAAUUCCCAAAUUUGUCAGUUUUGAGUAUGAAAAAAUGUAGUUUGUCCGAUACUAUUGUUGAUGCCAUGAUAAAUGAAUGCUGUAAGAUGGGUAUAUUAAAAGGCAAGAAAAUAAGCCUAAAAGGCAAUGAAAUAUCAGAACAAAUUCAUGAGUUAUUGUUAUCCAGGGACUGUCCAACCAAAACAACAGUAUAUUAUUCUAUAUAUAUAGAAUAUAAAUAUUUUAUCAUAUUGUGUAUUGUGUUACUUUGUACUACUUUACUUACUUUAUUGCCUCUUCGUCGAGUAAUCAUCUGAUUUCUCUGCCUGGGCUGCCUUGCUUAUUCGUUGUACAGCAUGUUUCCAUUUACUUCUCGUGCUGGCCAACUUUCUAAAUUUCGACAUCAUUUAAGGUGUUCAGUCUCGUCUUACUUUAUGUAUUAUGAUAAAUA